AUGACCGGUCAUGAGCAGGCACAAGAAUUUCGCCCUCAAAUGAAGCAGUCAUUUAAUCUUUGGUCACUCGCAUUCAUGGCAUGCUUGACCAGCACCACGUGGGAAGCUGUCACGUCCACGAUGGCCCAGGCUCUGAGCUCUGGUGGAAGCUCGAGCAUGGUAUGGGGCUUUUUAACAUCAGCUUGUGGUACUUUCUCCAUUGCCAUGGCCCUCGCAGAGUUUUCAAGCAUGGUUCCUACCGCUGGUGGACAAUACCACUACGUUGCGGCACUCUCGGCCCCAAAGUAUAGGCGAAUCCUGUCUUGGUUAUCCGGCUGGGUUACUCUUUGGGGCUGGCUUUUGGCUACCUUGGCUGGAAAUUUUGCCAACGCCAUGUCCAUUCAGUCACUCAUUAUAUUGUUUCUUGAGGAUUACACUUACCAAAGGUGGCAUACCUCUCUGGUGAGUCUGAGACGGCUGGUAUAUAUGCUCCAUGAUCCUCUAAUGAUUAUCCAGAUUGUGAUUGUACUAUCAAUUUUGUACACGGUCAUGAGCCUCUCCCCAACGAAGCUGCUACACUAUGCCAACUAUGUCGGCAUGCUUCUUCAUUGCUCAGGAUACAUAAUUACUAUUACGUAUCUCCUCGUCAAGACACCAGUCAAGCAGUCCGCAGAAAAAGUUUUCACUGAUACGACUAACCUCAGUGGUUGGUCUCCCGGUGUUGCUUGGUCAAUUGGCUUAAUGAGUAGCGCGCUCAGCAUGGUAGGUUGGGACUCUGCAUGCCACAUGGCCGAGGAGAUGAAACAAGCUCCCAGAGAUAUCCCACGCACAAUGAUUGGCGCGGUCGGUAUGACUGGAGUUCUGACUUUCCCUUGGGUGAUUGCUCUCAUGUUCUGCAUAACCGACAUUGAAGAAGUCGUAACUGGCCCCGUGGGUGUGUUGAGCCCGUUGAACCAACUGAUCUACAACACAUCCGGGGGCAAUGCGGCUGCAACAGUUGGCAUAGCAAUGUCUACUUUGAUAAUGAAUAUCGUCGCAUCUGGUCCAAGUUGUAUGGCAGCAACGGCCCGCAUCGCUUGGUCAUUUUCACUUGAGGGUGGGCUUCCCGAAGCAUUUGGCAGGAUGAACUCGAAAGCUCAAGUUCCUCUCAACGCCACGAUUGGUUCUUGCAUUGUCGUCUGUCUUCUUUCACUCAUCUAUAUUGGAAACUCUACGGCAUUCUAUGGUCUGUCGUCAGGAGUCACUGUUGUCGUCUAUGUAUCUUACAUGAUGCCGAUCGCCUUGUACUGCAUAUGGGGUUUCAAGCACUGCCCCAUGCCAAGAGGACCCUUCACAUUGGGAACAUGGAGCAGACCCAUCAAUUAUUUUGCGUUGGCGUGGUGUACCUAUCUCGUCAUUUUCUUAUGCUUUCCUACAACUAUCCCCACGAGUGCUGAGACCAUGAAUUAUGCGUCUCUAAUACUUGGCACAUGUAUCGUUCUGCCCAUGGGGGCUUGGUUCGUCUAUGGGAAUAAAGUUUACGAUGGAGUGAUGGACCAAAUCGUUGAGGGUAUCGAAAAUGUUGUGGUUGCCGAGGAGGACGGGGCAAACAAAGCGGGAAAGGUAUCUUCGAUCAGCGUUUCUUAA